AUGAAAGUUCUUCUUUUUGUGUUGUUGUCUGUGGAGAGCAUAUUAACUAGAGACAUACAUUUUGAUUAUUUUGUCUUCACUCAACAAUGGCCACCUGCAGUGUGCAUUGAGGGACAGAAAACGGGACAUCAGUGUUCAAUUCCUACAAAUGUUAAAGGAUGGGUUAUCCAUGGUCUUUGGCCUUCAAGAAAUAUGAAUAGGGGUCCAUUUUUCUGCAAUAAUUCUGACACUUUUGAUGAAAAUAAGUUAAAGCCAAUUGAGGAAGAACUAAGAUUGUAUUGGCCAAAUCUCUUUUCUGAUAGUCCGGACUUAUCAUUCUGGAAACAUGAGUGGAAGAAACAUGGCACUUGUUCUCUGUCUGACAAAUUAAUUCCAGACGAAUUUACUUACUUCAAAACUGCUUUGAAUUUGUACAAAAAGUAUAAUAUUACAAGUAUCUUAGGAAAUUCUGGUAUAAUUCCCAACACUUACACCUCAUAUAAGAGUGAUGAUUUUUGUAAUGCUGUUGAAAAUUCUUUGAAUACUGUUCCUGUUGUUACUUGCAUUUAUGAUAAAAUAAGUACACAUCAUUAUUUACUGCAAAUAGAAAUUUGUGUGGACAAGGAUUUUAAUACAAUUGAUUGUCCAGAAAGAUCUUCAGGUCAUCAUUCAAAUAAAUACACACUCUACUACAAGACAAAACAGGAUGAUUCUUGCGCAAGAUGUUCUUCAAAUAAAGGUAUCUGGUAUCCUCCAAUUACUUCCUACAAUGUCAACCAUGGAUAA